AAACCGCGUCUGUCCACAUUUAUUCAAGUAUUUGUGUUUAUGUCGCUCUGUAUUUGUUGCGCAGUAAAGCGACACCCACGGAAGUGACCAAGAUGGGAAGAGUUGACGGCGUAUUUUGGAAUGACGCAAUGUCCUCGCGCCCAUAGACAUAUAUGUACUAGCGCCUGGCAACACGCACCGAAUGAUUCAUUCUCAAGUUGAGAGAUGGCUUAGCUACUCUGCUAAUUGACUUUAAGAUAAACAUGACUCUAACUCGGAUUAACGUUAACUUAUCUAUUAUACGCUAAUAAUACUGUUGUUUAUAUCACCCAACCAUCCAACCAUGAAGCUGCUCAGCAAAGACAUUGAAAAAGAUAGUGCCGGCCAGGUGACUCUGAUGCCAGAGGAGGCAGAGGAUAUGUGGCACUCCUAUAACCUGCUGCAAGUGGGGGACAGCUUGAGAGCCGCCACGAUCAGGAAGGUGCAGACAGAGUCACCUACUGGAAGUGUAGGCAGCUCCAGAGUUCGCACUACUCUGACCAUAUGUGUGGAAACCAUCGACUUUGACUCCCAGGCCUGCCAGCUGAGAGUAAAGGGCACUAACCUGGAGGAGAACCAGUAUGUCAAGAUGGGGGCUUACCACACUAUUGAGCUGGAGCUCAACAGGAAGUUCACUCUUGCUAAGAAGAGCUGGGACAGUGUUGUGCUGGAUAGAAUCGAGCAGGCAUGUGAUGCGACCCAGAAGGCAGAUGUGGCAGCUGUCGUAAUGCAGGAGGGUCUGGCCAACGUGGUGCUGGUGACCCCUGCCAUGACUCUGCUCCGUGCAAAAGUGGAGGUCACCAUUCCCCGCAAGAGACGGGGGAGCUGCACUCAGCACGAGAAGGCCCUGGAGAGGUUCUACGAGGCUGUGAUGCAGGCGAUUCUUCGCCACAUCAAUUUUGACGUGGUGAAGUGCAUCCUAGUCGCCAGUCCAGGGUUUGUGAAGGAUCAGUUCAUCACUUACCUCUAUAAAGAGGCGGUGCGACAGGACAACAAGAUCCUGCUGGAGAAUCGACCCAAAUUCAUGCUGGUCCACUCAUCAUCUGGUCACAAGUACUCACUGAAAGAAAUCCUGUCUGACCCCGCUGUGACAAGCAGGCUUUCUGAUACCAAGGCAGCAGGAGAGGUGAAAGCCCUGGAAGACUUCUACAAGAUGCUCCAGCACGAGCCUGACAGAGCCUUCUAUGGACUGGCUCAUGUGGAGAAAGCCGCUGACGCCCUCGCCAUCGACACCUUGUUGAUAAGCGAUAAGCUGUUCAGACAUCAGGACGUCGCCACGAGGAGUCGAUACGUCCGCUUGGUGGACAACGUGAGAGACAACGGCGCUGGCAAUGUCAGAAUUUUCUCAAGCCUUCACGUCUCUGGUGAACAACUGACUCAGCUGAGCGGAGUGGCUGCCAUCUUGCGGUUUCCCAUCGCCGACCUAUCAGAGGCCGAGGACGACAGCAGCUCAGACGAGGACUGAUCCACAGAAACGGAGCAGAGAGCUCUUAUUGGGAGAAAACAAGAGGAGGGUCGUCCAGCGCUGCAGAUAACACAACAUGCAUUGACUGGGUGUGUUAUAAAACAAUAAAGCUGCUGUAUAUUCCACCUCUGCAACAUCCACACCUCUCUCCAGGCUUAUCGACACACCUGUUUUCUUCAAGACGCCAUAAUUUCAAUUAAUUGUAUGCAGCUUUUGGUUUGAGGGUGACGGUGUGUUAAAAAAUGCCAAUGAAAAAGAAAUGUAAGAUUUGUUGGCAAGUCCAAAUGGAAACAGGUAAAAUAUUGAGUGACAUUUAGCAAUACAAGUGAUUUUUCUUUCCACAUGUAUAUACAAUAUAUCUCUCUUGCAAUUAAAUGACAGAAGCAUUCAACCACUUGCGUUUUUCCCCAGUUUGUUACACUCUCCUUUCAAUGAAAUACACAAUGGAGAAAAGAUGUAAAAAUAUAUAAUUUAUUAAAUACAUUUUCCAUUUAAAAACUAUUUUGGUUAUGGGCAAUACAGCCCAAAACUACUGCAUUUAAACAAACUAAAAAUCAAGUAUGCUCAGGAUUUU